AAGCCCGUUCCGUCCGCGUGUAUAUGUGGAGGUGUGGAUUUGAUAUGAAGGCGCUGAUAGUGCUGCUCGUCGCCUUGCCCCUCAUCUCAGGACAGGUCUGCCGUACCCUUCGUCGGGUGGUCGAUAUUGCUGGUUUUCUUAUCUUCAGACAAUUUCGACAGACAACGUGACGACUUCCGACAAUUUCAGCACUGUGACGACAUUUGACGACAUUCACACGACAGAUGAGGGGUACUAUAUGAAUGGGGACAAGUGCUUUUGUCCGGGCCUCGGAGGCUCUUGUUAUGGCGAGUGUGGGCGCAAAUAUGACGCUGCAGAAGUGGCCAGUGUUGAGGCCUUCAAAUAUGGACGCUUUGAAACGCGCCUGUUCCCGAGUAUAGAGGUUGACGGCACUGUGGCCACGUUCUUCCUCUUCAAGAACGACACGACAAGGUGGAGGGGGCGUCCUGGCAAGAGAUGGAUUUCGAGGUCCACGGUAUGGGGGCGCACAAAGAUGAGCCCAUCCAGACUAACGUGAUAACGGGCACCAUGGAGGAGCGCAGUAUGUCUCAGAAGUUUUUCGCCGCACCCGGUAGGCCAGGACGGAAAGCGGCACAAACGAAAGCUAUCAAAAGAGGAUUCCACCACUUUGCUGUCGAGUGGACGCCCGAUCAUGUCUCAUGGUAUUUUGAUGAGCGACGCAUGCGUCGUGUCGUCUCUUGCGAUGCUCCCGGAGCAGACGCGGAAGAGUGCAGCCCUGAAGUGUCACAGCUCAACGGGGCAGCUAAUCUUAGGAUGUCCUUGUGGCCAGUUGAUCCGUCGCUCAAGUGGGCCGGGCAUUGGGCCGGAGUAUUCGAUGAGAAACAUACUAAGCUUCCGCUCACCGUGUACUACGACUACGUGAAGGUGUAUGACUAUGAUCUCAUUUCCAAGGGUCGGGAAGGAGGAAGGGAAAGAGAGAACAUGGUGAUCAUUCGCUUCUGUCUGUCUGUAUGAUGGUAAUCCCUCAGGGUUCCUUGAAGUGGGCUGAUGACUUCACUUCGUUCAACAGCUCUCGGUGGGAGGCAGGCAGACACACAUUUAGCAACAACUACGCCCAUUUCCGUCCCGACAAAGCCAUCAUUGUCAAGGGAGAUGAUGUGAAUGCGUCAUACCUUGCCCUCUCUCUUACACCAGCCAAUGCCAGCAUCGUGGUCCCGGUUCCUCGGGACACCAAGCGCAACCGCUACGAACUCAACAAUGCCUGCGAAGCUGGCACGACCGUCGUGUGGCAAAAAGGGCUGCGCUAUGAAGGCGGCAUUCUCUCAUUCGCAAUGCACGUUCCGGCCGAUGAUGGCCUAGUCCAGUGUGCUGUCGCCUGCGCGAAGACAGUAGGGUGUCGCGUAUUUUCUGUGUACGAAAGAGGCUAUUGCAGUGGCUUCAUGUCUCCCGAUCAACAAGUCCAGGACGAGAGAGCCGAUGCAGGAUUCAUCUGCAUGGACGGUGAGCCAGCGGACGAUCGUGUUUUCCGUCACCUUCGGGAUACCCAUCAUGGGGCACACUCAGCAGAAGAAGCCCUUGCGAGGAAUGGGACAGGGGACACACAACAUGAUGACGUCUCCGACGCCGACAUGAUCUGCGAUGUGCUUUUUGUACACACGUUGAUCACUCACAGAAUCACGCCUAGGGUUUGGUUCUUUCUCUUUUUCUUUUCUGUUUUUCUCGGACCGUCUUUCUUCUCCUUUUUUGGCCGUCUUUGUUUUUCUUCUGGACUGUCUGAGUUGCCGAAUGAAUUCAUUAUCGCGUGAAACGGACUUUUUCUCAUGAUAAAACAGACUUCUUGCCAGCGUCGGGCAAGCCUUGAGAGGCCUUACGGCCCUCUUGAUCGAAUGCGACACAUUUGCAG